CUAGAAAUUUUGAUGAUAUGUUUAAUGAGGCUUUGUAUGGCAAAAGAAGACGGCAAGAUAACACACUCAUAGAUAAUUGGAUCGAUGAGUAUUUACUCGAAGAUUCAGAAGAAGAAGAUAUCGAUAGAAGCUCUAUCCCAAUUACUCGUAGAUGGAUCAACAGAGAUCGAGAAGCAGGACAUGAUCACCUUUUCCAAGAUUACUUUGCAGAUGAUCCGGUGUAUAAUGCUGACAUUUUUCGACGGAGAUUUCGAAUGAGAAGACAUGUGUUCCUUCGGAUAGUAGACGCUCUCUCAGACGUCUAUCCGUAUUUCCAACAGUGGGUUGAUGCAAAUGGAAGAAGAGGCUUGUCGGCACUCCAGAAAUGUACCGCUGCGAUACGGAUGUUAGCAUAUGGCGUAGCAGCUGAUGCUGUUGAUGAUUAUGUGUGCAUAGGCGAGAGCACUACAAUUGAAUGCUUGGAAAAAUUUGUUGAAGGUGUCAUUUCGGUGUUCGAGGAUGAAUACUUGCGAAAACCCAAUCCAAAUGACGUACAACGCCUGCUACAAAUGGCGGAGGGUCGUGGCUUCCCUGGUAUGUACAUGAGUGGUUAUCAUGGGGUUGCAACCAUACUACUUGAGGUUGUAGCAUCUUCAGACAUUUGGAUAUGGCAUGCGUUCUUUAGAGUUUCUGGUUCAAAUAACGAUAUCAACGUGUUUGAUCGUUCUCCAGUGUUUAAAGAUAUUCUAAAUGAUCGUACUCCAGAGGUAAAUUAUACUAUUAAUGGUAAUGAUUAUACAAUGGGAUACUAUUUAGCAGAUGGUAUUUAUCCUGAAUGUGCCACAUUUGUCAAAUCAAUCUCAAAGCCACAAGGGGAGAAACACAAGUUAUUUGCACAAUACCAAGAAGAGCAAAGAAAGCGUUCGGAGUGUUGCAAUGCAUCAAGACAUAACUCAUCUGGUGUUGGUGGCUCUUCUAACCCAUCCUGUCGGACUCCUAUACAAUCUAGUCCAAAUUCGCAAUAUUCAGAUUUUGCCAACCCUCGUGGAUUAGAUGCUAUCGACCUCAAUGAUGAUGAUAUUGAAGAUUGGAGGCAAGAUAGUAUUCAACACUGGCAUUGGAAAGAGGAUGAGAUGCUGAUCAGUACAUGGUUAAAUAUUUCAACUGACCCUGUAGUUGGUACUGAUCAAAAGGGGGAAACAAUUUGGAGUCAAAUUCAUAGCUACUGUGUAAAAUUUUGCUCCGACAUGACAAGGGGGUAG